GCAUUUUAAAAAAUUUGUUUUUUGCGCACCUACUUUUCGAACUCACUCCCACCAUGCCCUCCCCCCCCCCCCCCCCCGACUCCCGCGAUAUGAUAUACAGAAUACAAAACGCGGCUCGUUUAUUCUUCAUUUCCAAUAAGCGAGUCGCGGUAACGUCGUGUAGCACGUGAAAGACAAUAUAGUGACUUCUCACGUCUGUUAGAACUGCGCCAGAUUCUGCCAGAAUCACAGCAGAAUUGAGCAGAAUCUGUCAAUUCGUAGAGAGCAUCUCAGUGUUAAAGAGAAUAUAGUUGAUUCUGGUAGAAUUGCACCAGAUUCUGCCAGAAUCACAGCAGAAUUGAGCAGAAUCUGUCAGUUCGUAGAGAGCAUCUCAGUGUGAAAGAGAAUAUAGUUGAUCCUGGUUGAGUUCUGGUAGAAUUGCACCAGAAUCGUAUUGUUCGUGUGUAAUUGAUCGGAUCGAAUUCUGCGAAUUCUGGUAAUUUCCACGGAAUUGUGGGACUUGACACUGCUGAGACUUUCAUAUCAUUUUGCUUACUAAGACGCUUUUCAGAGAAGUCAUGAUUCAGACAUGAAUCACUCAUAACGACGUGAAGAGCAGUUGAUAAGCACUGAUUUUGUUAUUAAGUUUUUUGCGAUUACUUGAUACUAAUUUAAUACAUGGUAAUAUUUGAACAUGUAAUGUGGGGAUAAUUCCUUAGAUAGUUAGGAGAAACACAUCGUAUACCUAAUUUCAUUUCAUUCACUACUGAAUAAUAGACUUUGUACACUGCACUCUUGCACAAUUGGACGCUUCAAUACACGUGUCAAAAUUGUAUCUCAAUUGAGAAACAAAUUUUCGCAGAAAUAAUGUUCCAUCAAUUGAGAUACUUGGUUAAAAUAUGGAUUGUAUCUCAGUUGAGUCCAAGGUCGAGUAAAAAAAGUGGCUGUUUUUUUAUGUAGGGCAUUAGAAAAGUUCCCGGACUGAUUUUAUUUUAGAAAAACGAAAAGCGUUAUAAUGCAGGACUUGUUACUUUGUGUAGUUUAAUUAGUUUUAGUUUGGAGUACUAUAAUGAAAUACUUUUCUGCUCGUAUUCUGAAAGAGUAAAGCUUAUAUCCAUGUAUUUUUUUUCUUUUUCUCUACAUAUUUAGAGGUAAUCGUAAAAAAACUCGUAAUGCCGGUUUAUAUCCACCAAGUAAAUUUUCGAGAGUUAAACUACAAGCAGAUAAUGAACUAGGUGGUGAACAAAGUGAUUACAUCAAUGCUGAUUUUGUUUAUGCAACUGGAAACAUGCAUCAUAAUAAGAAUAUUACAGCAUCAGCCGAUUAUAUAAUAACACAAAGUACGUAA